CCCUUCCUUUUAAGGGCAUAUACCCUUUCUUUUUUCAUUACCAAUCUCCGGCCUCCCUUUAUUAUUCUUCAUUUUCCAUCAAAAUAAAAGAAGAACAAAUUAUUUCAAGAAAUUUAAAAAUAAAAAAAUGGGGAGAGGAAAGGUUGAGAUAAAGAAAAUAGAAAACACAACAAAUAGGCAAGUUACUUACUCAAAGAGAAGAAAUGGGCUUGUUAAGAAAGCUGAUGAAAUCUCUAUUCUUUGUGAUUCUAAAGUUUCUUUGGUUAUGUUGGCUAACAAUGGCAAAAUGCAUUCUUACCAUACCCCGUCUACCUCGGUGGAAGAUAUACUGGACAGGUACCAGAAGAUUUCUGGAAAGAGGAUAUGGGAUGAUAAACAUGAAAAUCUCAGCAAUGAAAUAGAAAGGGUCAAAAAAGAGAAUGACAACCUGCAGACUCAACUCAGGCACUUCAAGGGAGAGGACAUAGCAGGAUUAGCAUACCCAGAAUUGGACCAGCUAGAGGAUGCUUUGGAUAAUGGCAUUUCUAGCGUAAGCAACAAAGAGAUGGAAAUCUACGGGGAGCUUGAGAGGAAGAUGAGGAUGCUUGACGAGGAACAAAACGAGCUCAAAUAUGUGUUGCACAAGCAAGAAAUGAUGGAGGGAUAUAAAAAAGAUGAUGAUGGUGCCGUUUGCUUUAAUCCACAUCAGGAGAGACACGACGAAGAAGACGACUACCAUUACCAUACGUCGUCGUUUGGAUACCGAGUGCAACCAAUACAACCAAACUUGCAAGCCAUGGAUAGGAUGAAUAUAAAAUGGACCCACUGAAACGAUGGCUCCUAUUGAAACUAGCUAGGCUGGCUAACCUAUGAGGGCGAGACCGAUUGAGCUAGCUAGCUAGGUCGGUCUAAUUGGUGUUUUAAUCUGUGUGCGUGUGUGUUUUUCUGGACUUUCUUAAGCAGAGCAACUCUAAUAGCUAAUUAUGUUUUCCAUUUGGUUAAACUAAUUUUUAUAUGGAACUUUAGCUAUUUGGACAA